UCUGAUUAGCUGUUGUGGAUGUCAAUCAUCAGGACAUUUCUAGUGUCUGGUUUCCUGUGUUACCGCCCUUGGGUUGAGACAGUGAAGACGGGUGCGGGAAUUUCUUUGCUUUCCCACCAGGAAUAGAUCAAUAAAGAGUAAAUCACUUGCAGAAAUUUUUCUAAGACACCACUCAAUCGAACUGGACCACAGUCUUUCUCUGACGGACAGUGUGAAUCAUGGCUCUUCCUUUUAAGAAAGAUCUGGAGAAGUAUAAGGAGAUCGAUGAGGAUGAGAUUUUGGACAAGCUGUCAGAGGAGGAGCUCAAGCAACUGGAGAGUGCUCUAGAUGAGAUUGACCCAGAGAAUGCUCUGCUCCCGGCUGGACUCAGGCAGAAGGACCAGACCACAAAAAUGGCCACUGGUCCAUUUAACCGUGACAAACUCCUGCAGUAUCUGGAGAAGGAGGCUAUGGACCAUAAAGACAGAGAAGAUUUCAUCCCCUUCACCGGAGAGAAGAAAGGAAAGGUAUGGAUUCCCAAACAGAAACCAAUCGAGUUGCGUCAGGAGGAAGUCACAACCCUUGACCCUGAAUUGGAAGAAGCACUGUCUAGCGCUACUGACACAGAACUGCAUGACCUGGCAGCUAUUCUUGGAGUGAACACACUGGUGACGAGCACGCAGACUUAUGACGUCACCUGUAAAGACGGUUAUAACAAUGUUAUUAAAGGAGAAAAGGUAAAGCCAGUUUUCGAUGAGCCACCAAACCCUACAAACGUGGAGGAAACUCUACAGCGGAUAAAGUCCAAUGAUUCCUCACUGACCGAAGUUAAUCUCAACAACAUAAAGAACAUUCCAAUCCCGACUCUAAAGGAGUUUGCCAAAGCCAUGGAGAGGAACACUCAUGUGAAGAAGUUCAGUCUGGCUGCCACCAGGAGCAAUGACCCUGUCGCCGUGGCCUUCUCAGACAUGCUACGAGAGAAUAAGACGCUAAGGAGUUUGAAUCUGGAGUCUAAUUUCAUCACCGGUGCAGGAGUUCAGGCUCUGGUAGAAGCUCUGCGGGACAAUGACACGCUCUCAGAGAUCAAGAUCGACAACCAGCGGCAGCAGCUUGGUACGUCGGCGGAGAUGGAGAUCGCCAAGAUGCUGGAGCAGAAUACGAGCAUCGUGAAGUUUGGGUACCAAUUCACCCAGCAGGGUCCCAGAUCCCGUGCUGCUGCUGCAAUCACAAAAAACAACGACCUGGUGCGGCAGAGGCGAGUAGAGAGGGAUGUGUAGAGCAUAUUCUCCUCUCCAUCUUUCUCUCUCUCUCACUCUCUCUCUCUCUCUCUCUCUCUCUCUCUCUCUCUCUCUCUCUCUCUCUCGAGCUGAUCAGACUCUUGUGCCAAACCCUCUGAGGGAGCCGCAUCACCUGAAGAAGGGACACAACUGGAUACUUUGCCUCCCUAAUGUUAAUACUCAAUGAUCCUUUUAUGUUUUAUUGUCGUUCAUUGUUGUUUGUUUUUAUAGCUGCAACUCUUUUGCAGCUUUUUUUGUUGUUGUUUUAUUUUUUGCUAAUGUAAAACCUUUUAUGCUCUUUUCUUUAUAAAAGUUGAAAUGAAACAGAACAGGUUACGACGGUUACAUGCACACAAGUUCUAUAGUGAUCUAUUCAUGGAUCGGCUAGAUCAGAACCUGUCGCCCUCAUUCACUCUGAACAAAUCUAGACUCAACUGGACUGGAUCUGCUGUGUUCCCUGCUAAAUGUGAGCUAAAUCUAGAUUUGUCGAGUCUGGGUUUGGAGCACAGGUUUGAACAGAGCUGCGUUAGCCAAUGAGAGUCAUGCUGAUCAUAAUGGACACUCCUUAAUAAGUCAUCUAUACUCUUGCUGUUAGCUUCACCGUGAGUGCUAUGUGUGGAUGUCAUUGGGCAGCUUGGUCGUCUUAAAAACACUCUGUUUCCACACUGCACCUCAUCGCACGUUCUGAUAUGUUCUCCCAUCGGUUCUGCUGCCGAUUAAGAUUUUCGUAUGGUAAAAUUCACCUCCAUUCCCAAGACAUACCAGCUGAUACUGUGUGUCUGAAGAAUUACAGUGCUAAUUUAAGAUCAGCGCCCCAUUUCCGUCUACUGUCACUGGAGAUGGAAAAACUUGUACUAGAUCAGCACUAAUGACAACUUUGGGUGUAUAAAUGAAGGUCAAAUGUUUGACCCAUUUCACAUAUGACUUAAACCUCUUAGAAGUCUACAGCUUUUAUUUCCACCAAGCAAUGCACUAAGGGAUAUUUUCUUUUUUUUCUGCACAAGAAGUAAGCAUUUAUGUAAUGUAGUUGUCUAUUAUAGAUUUAGAAGAGAGUAUCAUUUCCUAUAGAUACAUCUGAAAUGGCUUUUCUAAAACCAUGCCAAAGACUAACACCUAAAUACUCUCAUUUUCAGGACUCUAGCUGAGGUCAGACAGGAAAUAGGAGUUUGGAUUUCAUUUUUGAGUUUAUUAAAGCAAUAGUUCAUUCUAAAAAGAAAAUUCUGCCAUUGUUUUCUUGCACUGAUUUGUUCCAAACCUGUACGCUGUUGAUAUUUUUUACGCAGUUCAUGGUAACCAAGGCUGCCACAAAAAACGUUAAGUUGGUGACUUAUAUUCGCCUUUACUGUAGCUAUCACAUCAAGGUUGCAUGUCAGUGACAUCAAAAAUCAUUGCUUCACCAUAUGGCUUGGAAUGUAGCUCACAAGACUUUGUAUGGAAAAGACCUGCAUGAAGAUUCUUCAAAAAUUCUCUUUUUGUGUUCCAAGAAAAAAAGAAGCAACAACUGGAUAUGGGUUUGGAACAACAUGAGUGUGAGUAAAUGGCAAAAGGUUUAAUUUGGGGUGGAUUAUUCAUGUAGUUUAUGUAGGAUCUCUGCAUCUAGAAUAAUUUUUUUUUGAAGCACAUGGUCUGUGCUGAGGAGGAAAUUAGGGAACUCACUGAAUGAGAGCGAGAGGGAUGAGAAAAGGUUUCGUCUUAAAGGGACAGUUCACCCAAAAAUGAAAAUGUUGUCAUCACUUACUCACCCUCAAGUCGUUCCAAACCUGUAUGAGUUUCUUUCUUCUGUUCAACAGAAAAGAAGAUAUUUUAAAGAAUGUUGGUAAUCAAACAGUUGAUGGUAGCCAUUGACUUCCAUAGUAGGAAAAAAAUAUAUAUAUAUACUAUGGAAGUCAAUGGCUGCUGUCAACUGUCUGGUUACCGACAUUCUUCUUUUGUGUUAAACAGAAGAAAGAAACUCAUACAGGUUUGGAACAACAUGAGGGUGAGUAAAUUCAUUUUAAUUUUUGAGUGAACUGUCCCUUUAAAUAGCAAACAAUUCUGGGAGCAUUUAGUUGUCCCGGUGCAGCUAGAGCCCAGAACAUACACACAUGCAUGUUUGUGAUCGCAUGCAUGUUUGCAAUGUAAAGCAAAGCUUUAUCUUUUCACUAAAGCGAUCUAACAUGCUUUCAAAAUAACAGUGUAAAAAUACCGAAUUAACCUUUAUACUGCUUGUCAUCUUUUGUGAGCUUGUACUUCUUACAAGGUUCAUUGAUUGUGGUAUAUGUUGUACAGCACAGACGAUUUGGCAGGAUUUUGUGGAAGGUGGUGAAUGGACCUUUAGUACAAAAGUAUGGCAUCUCGGACUGAGCAGUCUGAGCAUGGCCAGUAUGGAUUAUAUAGCUGGAUUACAAAGGGGAACAUGUUUUUUUUAAAAGCAAAAGCUAGGACCAAGUUUGAAGUUUUCCUUUUCUCAACAUUGACAUUGUGUUUUAUUGUUUUGUACUGUUCUGUUUUGUAAGAGCCUUGUGUAUCAAUUGACUUUGAGUUUGUUUGUCCGUUAUUUUCCUUUUUGAACAAAUGCUGAAUUGUGUGUAUGAAAUUGUAGUUUUUUUCCAGGUUAGGGUUUGUUUCAUUCCAUCUUUGUUUGAUUAUGGGUUAAAGGUUCAUUACUUUGCUAAAAGCUUAUGCUUGUAAGAAGGAGCUCUGCAGUCUUACCGUGAGUUUAUUUGAAAUAUCCAUCUCAAAUCCUCUUCAGAAGACUCCACACAUAUAAAGGUAUACAUAUAAAUAUCAUGUAUCGUAAAUGCCUCAUAUAUUGCCGCAAUUUUGUAUGUUGAUACUACAUGUCUGGAUUCCAGAAGAGGAAAUCUUAUUAUGUACUGUUAAUAACACAACUGUGUAAAGUAUCAGACGUCCUCAAUAAAAUGUAUGUUUUUA